UGCUUAAAGGGGAGAUAGCGCAUCUUUGUUAGUAAGUUCUCUAGACAUGAACACACGUGUUAAGCCUGUUCUGCUUCUUGAGUUGGAAUCCGCGGCUUGUUUGGAAAGGACUGCAGAUAUUCACAAUCACAAGACGACUAAGAAUGGAUGAAUGUAAAAAUAAUGCAAAUCCAGAACUAGACAACUAUGAGAUGGAAGAUGAGGAUGAUGAGGAUGAUAUGUGGGAUGAUGAGGAGGAGGAUGAUGACCUUGCCCUGAAAGCUGCUCCAGUGAAAUGUUUCUUUUCUGAAGAGAUUUUCUCCUCUCCUACUUCUAUGUUGACACACUGCAGAGAAAACCAUGAUUUCAAUCUUGUCCUGAUUUCAACUCGUACAGAUCUUGAUUGCAUAGGUUUCAUCAAACUGGUAAAUUACAUAAGAUCUACUAAAGCAUCAGGGCCAGACAUUAUGGAAUCCAUUCAUAGAUCAGAAGUACCUUGGGAGGAUGACAGCUUUAUGAAACCAGUUGAUAUGGAAGAUCCUAUGCUCCAGUUUGAUAUUGAGUCCUAUCUUGAAGACCAGAGUAACAGAUUAGACAAUGGAGCUACUUCUCAAGAUGACCUCUCAAAAUCCAGUGAAAUGGUCACCAUACCUGCAAAAGAAUUGGCAGAGUUGAGGAGAAAAGUCCGCUGCCUUGAAGAGAGACUUGGUCUGACUGAGGAAGCUUUGGAGCGUGCCAUGCAGGAUAUGACUUCAGCAAGAGAAUUUGCCCAUGGCCUGAUUGCAUCGGCUGCAGACUCACCCAGUAGUAAUAGCAAAGAAAAGCAGAAUGCUUCAGUUGGGCAGCGAUUGACUGAAGAAGAGGACGAGGCUUACUUUGAUUCGUACGGUCACUAUGGAAUCCAUGAAGAGAUGCUCAAGGAUAAAGUCAGGACAAAGGCUUACAUGGAUUUCAUCUAUGAUAAUCCAUACAUCUUCAAGGAUAAGGUAGUAUUAGAUGUUGGAUGUGGCACAGGAAUUUUAUCUAUGUUUGCCGCCAAGGCUGGUGCAAGACAGGUCAUUGCUGUUGAUCAAUCAGAUAUUGUCUACCAAGCUAUGGACAUUGUCAGGCAGAAUGGAUUGGAUGGUGUAAUAACUCUCAAGAAAGGAAGGUUAGAAGAUGUGGAUCUUCCAGUGGAAAAGGUUGAUGUCAUCAUAUCUGAAUGGAUGGGAUAUUUUCUUCUCUUCGAGUCCAUGUUAGAUACAGUCCUUUAUGCUAGGUCCAAGUACUUGAAAGAAGGAGGAAUGGUGUACCCAGAUCUGAGCACCCUUAGUCUAGUAGCAGUGAGUGAUCAGAAAGGAUAUGCAUCACGUAUUGCAUUCUGGGAUGAUGUCUAUGGCUUCAAGAUGUCAUGCAUGAAGUCGUGUGUCUUGGAGGAAAGUUCAGUGGAUUACAUUGAUCCAGACACAGUCAUUUCAAAACCUUGUAUGAUCAAAUGUUUGGACAUUUCCACAGUUCAAGUGCGUGAUUUGGACUUCAUUACAGAUUUUCAGAUGGAAGUACUUUGUGAUGGCCUGUGCACAGGUCUGGUUGGAUUCUUUGAUGUCAUUUUUGAAAAGAAUUGUCACAAGGCGGUGAUGUUCUCUACAGGUCCAUCAGCUCCGAAGACUCAUUGGAAACAGACCAUCUUUCCUCUGAGGAAGCCAUUCCAUUUGAAGAAAGGAGACACCCUCUCUGGUAAAAUCUCAUGCAGGAAAGACAGGAAGGAGAUGCGAUCUCUGUUGGUCACAAUUACCAUUGAAAAUGAGACACUCACAUACCAUGUCAGAUAAUUAUCUAUGGGCAUUUUUGCAGUUGCUGUAAGAAGAAUUGACUUGGAUAUGCUGCAUUAGAUACUGUCAGAUAUUCGACAAGUUCAACUUUUCAUGAAAUGCUUCAAAGGUCGGAUGUGGACAUCAAGGCAAUUCCAUGAAAGAAUCAGCCUCUUCGCACAUUCAACCCCAAUUUAUUGUACUGGGUGGGGGGGGGGGCUGAUAAGAUGGCCCAUAAACAACUAAGUAAUCACCCUUCACUCUCAGAGUACCCUUAACAAGUAUUGAUGUUUUCCUCUACCCAAAUAAUGCCUUGAAUAUUCUUGUUACAAUUUACAGGUGUACAAUGCCCAUGAAUAGUGUUUUCAUUUGCUUUUGUAUAUUUAGCAUUGUGUCCAACUUUAAAUGAUAGUGCUAUCUCCCCCCCCCCCCCCGAUAUUUUGAGAUAUGAUUAUUGCCAGCUGGAUGACCUUGAAAAGUCUAGAUGUGUCAUUCCCAUUGAUAAAUGUCAAAAAGAAUGUUUGUAUUCCAUCUUUCCUCCCCACAUACAAUGGGUUAUUUCAAGUCUGGUGUUGGUGUCGAGAGCACGAAAAAGGCUUGGUUCAUAAGUAUGAUACUGAUUGCAUAACAUGAAAAUAUGGAAAAAUUCUAACCCUAAUAUCAUCGUACAGAAUACCAAGGCGAAAAUCACUGCAAGAAUAAAACAGAAUGCAUGAAAACACCAACACCGUACUUGAAACCUACCCUUUUUCCCUGGAAGGGGGGGGAACAGUGUUUACAAACCUAUGAAACAGCAUUAAAGGGAUGGUCCAGGCUAGAGAUAUUUAUAUCUCAAUAAAUAGAGUAAAAUUCACAGAGCAAAAUGCUG